CGACGUCGCAUUUAAACAUACUCAAUCAUACGUACCAUGGAAGGAAUAAAAGUGUGAUUUUCAUGUCUGUGCGUUUUGAUGGCAUGCUGGGGCGUGUUCGGUUCCGACUGUUGCUCCAGUUACACGGACCCGUUCGGCAAGUACCACUCAUCCCAGCUAUGUCAGGAUUACUGCUGUUGGACCCUUGGCAUCACGAAGGUGAAGGAGUGCUGCAACAACCCCUUACGCCAGGUCCCCUCCUUCGACCGUAACCAGUCCUGUGUGAAGAGCUGGAUCGCCGAACACAUCUGGGUGCCAAUCGUGUCCGGGUUGGUGGUGCUGGGCCUGAUCGUUUUGUGCUGCUGCUGCUGCUGCUGUUGUGGCUGCUGCUGCUUUCGGAGGGAUAGCACCGUAGUUGUCCACUCCCCGGGAGCUCCUCAAACGAGCGUUGUAAUGGCCAGCCAGACCAACAUGAUGUACAACGGAUAAGGCUAGUAGAACCGCUCCCGACAGCACUCCCGACACCCGACACCACUCCCGACACUCCUCCCGACACCACUCCCGACACCACUCCCGACACCACUACUACUCCCGACACCACUCCCGACACCAUUCCCGACACCACAACCACUCCCGACACCAUUCCCGACACCAUUACCAUUUACACAAGAAACUUUUAUUCAGCUUUCCGACGAUUGGUCUCAUAGAAACAUGUACAGUCAUUAUACAAGAUUUAAAUACCAGAAUCAAUACUCAUAAAACAUCGAAAUGUCUAUCAUAACUCAACUGCCAUAUCCUAGAAGAACGCAUUACAUUUUCAACCAUUUGUCGUUACAUUAAUACUAGUUUAUUGUACAUGCACAAGAAAUGGUAAUUCUUGCAAUAUAUGUUUAUAAAAUAUACAUGUUUUUAAUAUACCUUAUUCGUUACUUUUUAUUAGUGAAAGUGCAUAUCAUUGUCAAAACAAUUCAACAGAACAGAAUGGAACAGAACAGACAGUUUAUUCGGUUUAUACAAGUGUAUUCCGUAUAUGUAUAAACAUGGUACGUAUCUAAAAUUAAAUACAUAAUAUUAUAUAAUAUAAUUUAAUGAAGGAAAAAAGGUUUAUUUAAAUUUAAUACAUUUAAGCUUAUCGUUAUGUU